AGCAAUAGCUAAUUAAUUAAAAAAAGAUGGUUGUUGGUGAAAUAUUGUUGAAUUCCGGCCAUAAGAUGCCGGCGCUCGGGUUCGGAACGGCCGCACUUCCGGCGCCGACUUUGGACGAGCUCACCGCCAUCCUAGUCGACGCCAUCGCGGCCGGUUACCGCCACAUUGACACCGCGGCCAUGUACGGCCAGGAGGAAGCGAUCGGGCGGGCGGUGGCGGAGGCCGUGGAGCGCGGCCUCAUCAAGAGCCGCGGCGAAGUGUUUGUUACGUCUAAAUUGAAUGUUAACGACAAUCAUCGUGAUCAAGUGCUUCCUGCCCUCAAGGAAACUCUUAGCAAGUUAAAGUUUGAUUACGUGGAUCUCUACCUUAUACACUGGCCACUAAGAAUCAAGAAAUCUGGUGACGUGUACAAUCUGAGAGCAGAAGACUUGCUUCAUUUUGAUGUGAAAGGGGUUUGGGAAGCCAUGGAAGAGUGCUAUAAGUUGGGAUUGGCUAAGUCUAUUGGUGUCAGCAACUUCAGCUCUGCUAAGCUCUCUAAAAUCUUGGAAUUUGCCACCGUUCGACCAUCGGUCAAUCAGGUGGAGAUGAACGUAGCAUGGCAGCAACGAAAAUUGAUUCAAUUUUGCAAAGAGAAGAAUAUCCAUGUCUCGGCAUGGUCUCCUUUAGGAGCAAACGGUGCGUUUUGGGGAAGCCUCGCUGUUAUGGAAAGUCCGAUCCUCAAAGAAAUCGCAGCUUCCAGAAACAAGUCCAUAGCACAGGUGGCAUUACGAUGGAUAGUUGAAGAGGGUGCAACUCCCAUAGCUAAGAGCUUCAACAAGGAGAGGAUGAAGCAAAAUCUUGAGGUUUUCAAUUGGCAACUAAGUGAUGAAGAGAUCUGUAAGAUUCAAAAGAUUCCACAAGCAAAAGGAUUCUCAGGAGAUAUAUUUGUUGUUCAAGAUCAUGGAGAUUACAACUCAGUUGAAGAGCUUUGGGAUGGAGAAAUUUAA